GAAAAAAAUGUUAACAAAAAAUUAAAAGUUCUAAAUUAUUUCUACGAUAAUUUUGUAAGAGGAAAAAGACUAUACAUGUUUCAGCCAAGUAACAGUCGUAUUUGUUAAAGUUAAAGCAUGUUUAAAUAAGGCAACGUUUCUUUAUUUUUGUAGAUAACACUUUUAGCUUUUUUUAUUUGAAAUUUUAAUUUUACUUUGUAAAAUAUUCUGUGUGUUUUUUGCAAGUUAAUGUAGAUAAUUACUAGACAAAACGUAUCUAGCAAAUAUACGCGAGUUAAAUUCUUUCUAGCGUUUGGCUAAGAAAAAUAAGCUGAAAAAACUGGCCGAGUGUUAGACCCAAACUAGUUUACCACGGUCAAAUUUUUACACGGAAAGCAAUAGUCAAGCUUUAUGUUGGAACUCACCCACCUGAUGUAGCAGUCAGACUCAAAAAAUAAUAAUUUGCCAGAAUAAUAAUACUCCUCAAUUGAUUUAGUGAAGAGGAUAAGUAGCAUUAAUAGAAUAAUAUCCUGUACGUAGUUCCAAGUGGAGAAUUAAUAAAAUGGCGGAUUAUUGUGCGUCGAUUUCACUUCAGAUUUAAGAAAUAUCUAUAUUUCUGUGAUAAAGUUAUAGUCUCGUAAUAUUGUAAUAUCAGGAUGAUAAUACAAGCCGAUUCUUUUCAAUAAAUAGAUAAUAAUGUAGAAGACUAUAGAUAUAUAAUAAAUAUAAAGUACGUUGGAAUAUGUAACUCAGAAUUCACACGUCUGUAUGGAUCGGAAGUCGACGAGCGAAUCUCCGGUACCGGGUCGUUUCAUAUGGUCGUAUGACCCGUCCCCAUUUCUUUCUGCUCCAAUUUUUCCUCCUUCUGUGUUAUCUUUGUUUCCCUCUCCUUUGUCACCCCUUUCUCACCCGGAAUUUUUCUCCCCCGCUCGCCGCGUGCUGACGGUCGCUGGCCGUUCAACGAGAACGAGACCCCGGGUCCGUCUAGUCCGGUCGUGAGUGCUCGACUCGGAGUGCCAGGUUCAACAUCGUUGUCGUCAACGUGAAUCCGGGUGGUCGUUUUCUCUUUUCGCAGAGCACGAGAGUGUGUUCCAGUAACUCCGGGCUAUGUCAUCCGUCGCGCGGAACCAGUUUCUGUCGGCGAUCGGCGUCGCGCGACGUCUUACCACCAACGCCGCCGUCGCCGCCACCGCCACCGGCCACGCACACGUCGGACACAUGGGCGUGCGCCGCGGGAACGCGGCGUGCUGGAGAACGUUGAUGUGUAAUGCGCGAAUGGUUCAUUUCGUGACACAGCCGACAUGGUCAACAAGCAAGGAAGAAAGCCGAGAGAUGAUGGCAGUAUGGCCGGAUGUUGUUCGCGAUCUCACAGAUGUACCAAAGAAUUUAAAUAUUCCUGACGUUACCAAAUGGAUGGCAAAAGUAUUACAGUACAACGUCCCAGGAGGAAAGAAAAUUCGCGCUUUAACGUUAGUUUAUACUUAUAAGCUAUUGGCACCAAGUAAUCAACUUACGGACGAAAACAUUCGUCUAGUACGAAUUUUAGCAUGGUGUGUGGAAUUGAAGCAAACAUAUUUGCUCGUGAUGGACGACAUCCAAGACCGAUCAUUACUUCGCCGAGGUCAACCAUGUUGGUACCGGUACAAUGAUAUAGGUUUAAUGGCAGUCAAUGAUGGUAUAAUGUUAGAGAACGCUAUAUAUUAUCUCAUUCGAAAACACUUUAAAGGAAAAGAAUACUACGUUAAUCUGUUAGAAAUAUUCCAAGAUGUUGUAUUAAAGACAAUAAUGGGCCAAUGUUUGGAUAUGCUUUCUACUAAUUUUGGAAAGAAGCCAAAUUUGAAUUUGUUUACGAUGAAUCAGUAUAAUUCUAUUGUAAAGUAUAAAACAGCACAUGGUUUUCUGUUGCCAGUAUUUUCAGCAAUGCACCUAGCUGGAAUAAAAGACCCAGAGAUAUUUAGGCAAGCAGAAACCAUUUUAUUAGAAAUGGGACAUUUAUUUCAAGUCCAAGAUGAUUACUUAUCUUGCUUCGGGGAUUCAGAAGUCUGUGGCAAGGAUAAUACUGAUAUAGAGGAAGGAAAAUGUACGUGGUUAGUUGUUGUGGCUCUUCAACAGGCCACUUCGGAACAGCGUAAAAUUUUAGAAGAAUGUUACGGAGUUUCGGAUCCAGAGAAAAUAAAACGCGUGAAACAGCUCUUCAUCGAUCUGGGUUUACCGAACACAUAUUCCAUUUAUGAAGAAGAGACAUAUAAUCUUUUAAAUGUUCAUAUACAGCAAAUGUCACACGGAAUUCCACAUAGUAUUUUUUUAAAUUUAUUAGGGAAGCUUUAUCACAGAAUAUCUAUGACUUAUUCCAUCACUCAAACAAUGUGGUUAAAGGAAGGUGAAAAAAUGAUGGCAGUGUGGCCAGACAUUGUUCGUGAUAUCAAAGAAGCGAUUACAAAUUUGGACAUUUCCGAUGUUCCUAAAUGGAUAGAAAAGGUAUUAAAUUAUAAUGUCCCCAAUGGAAAGAAAAUGCGUGGCUUAAUAUUAAUUUGUACCUAUAAGUCGCUGGUACCUAAUGAACAAUUGUUAGAGGAUGAUGUUCGUCGAGUACGCAUUUUAGCAUGGUGUGUAGAACUGAUGCAAGCAUUUUUCAACAUAUUAGACGACGUCCAAGACCAAUCUUUAGUUCGUCGAGAUCAACCAUGUUGGUACCAAUACAAUGAUAUAAAUGUAAUGGCAAUCAAUGAUGGUAUGAUGUUAGAGAGCACUAUAUAUUAUCUCAUUCAAAAACACUUUAAAGGAAAAGAAUACUACGUUAAUCUGUUAGAAAUAUUCCAAGAUAGUGUAUUGAAGACAAUAAUGGGCCAAUGUUUAGAUUUGGUCUCUGCUAAUUUCGGAAAAAAGCCAAACUUGAAUCUGUUUACGAUGAAUCAGUAUAAUUCCAUUGUCGAAUACAAAACAACGUAUCAUACCUUUCUAUUGCCAGUAACCGCAGCAAUGCACCUAGCUGGAAUAAAAGAUCCAGAGAUAUUUAAGCAAGCAAAAACUAUUUUAUUAGAAAUGGGACAUUUGCUUCAAAUCCAAAAUGAUUACUUAUCUUGCUUCGGGGAUUCAAAAGUCUGUGGUAAGGAUAAUACUGAUAUAGAGGAAGGAAAAUGUACGUGGUUAGUUGUUGUGGCUCUUCAACGCGCUACUCCAGAACAGCGUAAAAUUUUAGAAGAAUGUUACGGAGUUUCGGAUCCAGAGAAAGUAAAACGCGUGAAACAGCUUUUCACUGAUUUGGGUUUGCCGAAUACAUUUUCCAUUUAUGAAAAAGAGACAUAUAAUCGUUUAAAUGUUCAUAUACAGCAAAUAUCACACGAGCUUCCACAUAGUCUUUUUUUAAAUUUAUCAGAGAAGCUUUAUCACAGAAUGUCAUAAAAUAAUUGUGUAUAUUGAAGAAAAAAUU